AUGAAGGGCGACGGAAGGUGCUUGAAACUCUUUCUUGCACUUUUGAUCCUUUUCCUACAAAACGUAAAAGGAGGAGAAGUUGGCCACAAUCACAGCCAGAGCCACAGCCUCAAAGAUGCUAAAGUGACAGUGAGGUGCAUAGAGAGGGAAAGGCAAGCACUACUUGCAUUCAAACGUGGCCUGGUGGAUAGGUUCAAUCAACUCUCAACUUGGGGUUCAGAAGCCGAAAAACAAGAUUGUUGCAGAUGGGAAGGAGUCUAUUGUAGCAACCAAACUGGCCAUGUGAUUCAACUUGAUCUUGGAUAUUCUUUCCUUGAUGAGAUGUUUCAACUUGAUGUUCGAUAUUCUUUCCUUGAUGAGAUGAUUCAACUUGAUUAUCAUGGAUAUGCUUUCCAAGGUAAGAUGAUUAGUCCUAAACUGAUUGAGUUGCAGCAUUUACAAUAUUUGGACCUUUCAUUGAUUAAUUUCAAUGAUGGAAGCCAAAUUCCAGAUUUCAUUGGUUCUCUAACCAAUCUAAGGUACCUCAAUCUCAGUUUCUGUUAUUUCAUUGGUCCAAUUCCAAGUUCGUUUCGAAACCUCACGCAAUUGCAACAUCUCGACCUCGCCUAUAAUUGGCUUCAAGCAGAAAAUCUCAAUUGGCUCCCUGCUCUUUCUUCUUUAACGUAUUUGGACCUUACACAGAUUGAUUUCAAUGGGAGUCGAAUUCCAGAUUUCAUUGGUUCUCUAACCAAUCUAAGAAACCUCAGUCUCAAUUCCUGUAAUUUCAGUGGUCCAAUUCCAAGUUCGUUUGAAAACCUCACGCAAUUGCAAAAUCUCGACCUCAGCUAUAAUCAGCUUCAACCAGAAAAUCUCAAUUGCCUCUCUGCUCUUUCUUCUUUAACGGAUUUGGACCUAAGCGGAAACUUCAAUGGGAGCCAAAUUCCUGAUUUCAUUGGUUCUCUAACCAAUCUAAGAAAUCUCCGUCUCCGUUCCUGUCAUUUCAUUGGUCCAAUUCCAAGUUCGUUUGGAAACCUCACGCAAUUGCAAAAUCUCGACCUCAGCUAUAAUCAGCUUCAACCAGAAAAUCUCAAUUGGCUCCCUGCUCUUUCUUCUUUAACGGUUUUGGGCCUAAGCGGAAGCUUCGAUGGGAGCCAAAUUCCUGAUUUCAUUGGUUCUCUAACCAAUCUAAGAAACCUCCGUCUCCGUUCCUGUCAUUUCAUUGGUCCAAUUCCAACUUCGUUUGGAAACCUCACGCAAUUGCAAAAUCUCGACCUCAGCAAUAAUCACCUUCAACCAGAAAAUCUCAAUUGGCUCCCUGCUCUUUCUUCUUUAAUGGAUUUGGACCUAAGCGGAAACAAUCUUAGUACUGUUUUCGAUUGGCCAGAAGCAGUACUUAAUAAGCUCCCUAAACUAGUAAAGUUGACCUUGGUGAACUGUAGUCUUCCUCCUCCUCCCACUCCAAUUCUUUCCACUACUCUUUACAAAACAAAUUCUUCUACAUCUCUUGCGUAUGUUGAUCUCUCUAACAACCAUCUCACUUCGUCAAUAUUUCUUUGGUUGUCCAACUACAAUACAAGCCUUGUUGCUCUUGACCUCUCCAACAAUAAUCUAGCUAGUUUCAAUCCCGAUUUCACUAGAAACAUGAGCUCUUUUGCGUAUCUGGAUCUCUCCAUCAAUAAUCUAACUGGUUUCAUUCCCGAUUUCAUUGGAAACAUGAGCUCUGUUGUGAGUCUGGAUCUCUCUGAUAACCAGAUUGAAGGAGCGAAUCCAAAUUCGUUUGCAAGGCUGUGUAAUUUGCAAUCAUUGUCGCUUCAAAGAAAUCAUCUGAGUGGACAAUUAUCCAAGUUUGGGAAAAAUACCUGA